UUUGACCUAACUCACACAAGCUCUAAUCGUCUCUUUCUCGGUUCAUCACCUGAACUGAUCAACUGCAAAGCGUCCGAGUUGCAGUGUUCAGUUCGCUAAUCCGAUUGCAUUUCGGAGAGAUGGCUGCAAGGUGUUCGAUCGCGUUCAUGGUCAUGGCGAGCUGCCUGUCCGUCGUCGUCUCCGGUGGGCUUCCCGGCGAUCUCUUCGCGCACAGUGUCGCCUCGAAGCUCCGCGUCGACCGCGACACGACGGCGAGGGCGUCGUCGGACUUCGGCCGCAUCGUGGCGGCCGCGCCGGAGGCGGUGCUCCACCCGGCCACGCCGGCCGAGAUCGCGGAGCUCGUCCGGUUCUCGGCGUCGUCGCCGUCGCCGUUCCCCGUGGCGCCGCGCGGGCAGGGCCACUCUGCCCGCGGGCAGUCGCUCGCCCCCGGCGGCGUCGUGGUCGACAUGCGUGCGCUGGCGGCGCGCCGCGGCCGCGUCAACGUGUCCGCGGGCGGCGCAGGCGCGGCGCCGUACGUGGACGCCGGCGGUGAGCAGCUGUGGGCCGACGUCCUCCGCGCGACGCUGGAACACGGCCUGGCGCCGCGCGUGUGGACGGACUACCUCCGCAUCACCGUCGCCGGCACGCUCUCCAACGCCGGCAUCGGCGGCCAGGCGUUCCGGCAUGGCCCGCAGAUCGCCAACGUGCUCGAGCUUGACGUCAUCACAGGAAGGGGAGACAUGGUAACAUGCUCUAGGGACAAGGAGCCGGACUUGUUCUUCGCGGUUCUCGGUGGGCUGGGCCAGUUUGGGAUCAUAACCCGGGCUCGGAUUGGGCUUGAGCCUGCCCCAAAGCGGGUUCGAUGGGUCCGCCUCGCCUACUCGGAUGUGGUGACCUUCACCAGAGACCAAGAGCUGCUCAUAUCAAAGCGAGCUAGUGAAGCAGGGUUUGAUUAUGUCGAAGGACAAGUCCAGCUCAAUCGGACACUCACAGAGGGUCCCAAAUCAACACCCUUCUUCUCGCGUUUCGACAUUGAUAGGCUUGCGGGACUUGCGUCAGAGUCUGUGUCAGGAGUAAUAUACUUCAUUGAAGGUGCCAUGUACUACAACGAGUCAACUACUGCCUCUGUUGAUCAGAAACUGACGUCAGUACUAGAACAACUCAGUUUUGACAAAGGCUUUGUGUUCACAAAGGAUGUGAGCUACGUGCAAUUCCUUGAUCGUGUGAGGGAGGAGGAAAGAAUACUCAGGUCUAUCGGCAUGUGGGAUGUGCCACAUCCAUGGCUAAACCUCUUCGUGCCCCAGUCUCGCAUCCUUGACUUCGACACCGGUGUGCUCAAGGGUGUUUUUGUUGGUGCCAAUCCUGUCGGUGUCAUCCUCAUGUACCCCAUGAAUAGGAACAUGUGGGAUGACCGUAUGACAGCGGUGUCUGGUAAUGAUGACAUGUUCUAUGUCGUUGGGCUACUCCGGUCUGCGGUUGUCCCCGGAGAUGUGGAACGCCUGGAGAGGGAGAAUGAGGCAGUUCUAGCGUUCUGUGAUAAUGAGGGCAUCGGGUGCAAGCAAUAUCUACCACACUACGCAUCACAAGAUGGGUGGCGAAGCCAUUUCGGGGCCAAAUGGAGCAGGGUUACCGAGCUAAAGGUAAAGUAUGACCCAUAUGGGAUACUUUCACCAGGGCAGAGGAUUUUCUCGUCACUGACACCAAUGGCAUUGGUGGCUAUGUGAAAUGGUAGUUUUGAGGUGAAGACUGAGUAGUUUAGGUGUUUGUGGAUUCAAUUUUGAGGUUAUAUAGGAUGAAAGUAAAUUGAGUUGAAUGCGAGAAGCUGAAAUACUGGUCAGAACUCUGGAAGAAGGAUUGUAGCUUUAUUUUAGGAGAUACAUGUAGGAAAGUUAACUGUAUAUCAUUAAUUUUAUUAGGAGGUUGUUCUAGGUUGUAUUUGCCACACUAAUUUUUUUAGGAUUUCUUUUGUUUAGCAAGGCAUGCAAAUGUAAUAAACAUAGGAAGAUUUGUACAAAGGAAAUAAAGGGUUGCUUGAAAUCAUUUUAUGUAGUUUGAAUU